CGGGCCUCGUCUGUGAUGUAUCAGCCAUCGCCCGCAUAGUCGAUGUCUGGGCCCCCUCACUCUGCACCCACAUCGAACCUGCCGAAUCACACCCUGGAGUAUAGCGCCCAGCAGCAGGGCUAGCAUGCGAUCUCGUUGGCGGACUCCAGCGCCAUCCCUGCUAGGCCUCCAGAAUAUGAUUGCCUAACGAUUGAAGUUGCAAUCCACCUGAGGGGAAAGGAGAUAUAACCACUGUCCCCGACCGAGAAAGCAUUCAUCCAAUUCUGAACACAAGCACAUCUCUGAGCCACUGCAUGCCAGGCAUAUCAAUCACUAGACCUUAGAAGAAUAUCCUUCAAAGCCUUGUGUACCCGACCAACCCGAGACAGACCCUGAGACAAAUCCACAUCAUGGGCCUCGCCAAGAUCAUCGGCAAGGUCAUCAUCAUCCCCAUCCUCUUCUGCAUCUUCGUCGGAUGCGUCAUCUACUUCCUCAUCAAGUACCGGCGGGACCGCAAGCGCGAGAAGAAGGAGGAUGAGAUCCGCGCACAGCAGUUCCAGCAACAGCAGCAAUACGUGCAGUAUCAGACGCAGCAGGCGGUGGCGGCGCAGUACGGGCAGUCGCCGUACUACCACCAGGCGACCGCCGACGACUCGACGAUGAAGAGACCCGAGCCGGUGUUCUAUCCGGUGCAGGCUCAUGCGGGGACGGAGGGGGUUUGAUCGAGAGACUGUCAGAAGGUUUGUUCGUGUGAUACCUAUUUCUUGGAUUAUGAGUGGAAGACCUCGUGGUUGGCUGCGGGUUGGGCUAUAUCUCAUUGGCUUGAAUAUGAGGGAAGUAUUUUUCUGAGCCCGGGUUGCUCUUGUUCUUGCUCGUUUGUCGAUGCUGCAAAUGAGAUCUGAAUUUGUGUACUUUUGCCUGCUCCAUUGGAAGGUUGAUGGGAGGAUUUCUGGUUAUAGUUUGAGUGUCCCUAG